GCGAUUAUUUCGACCGCAUGUUCAGUUUUUCUCUUUCAUUGUGUUGAACUGUGAAAUUGUUGGUAUCGUGGUGUUUCUUGUGAUAGAUCUGUUUUUCUCUUUGCUUUGCGGGGAUUUUCUCUCAUUUUCCUCUUAUCUUUUCUUCAUCUUUGGGGGUAAAUUUGGGGCGUUUCUCUUUCUAAAUUUGUGCGCCUUCUAUGGUUUUGAGGUGAUUGUUUGGAGAAAUCCGGCUAUUUUUGACAUCUCGUUCUCCAUCUCUUUUGUGAGGUUAAUUUGCUCGAAGAUGUACAACGGAAUAGGAUUGCAGACUCCUAGAGGGUCAGGAACAAAUGGGUACAUUCAGACCAACAAGUUCUUCGUCAGACCAAAGAGUUUGAAGGUCGAGACGAGAGAAUUUCAGAGUGGUCAGGGAACCGCAGGGGUUAAAAAGGCGAAUAAGGAGAUUCUGGAGCAUGACCGGAAGAGAGAGAUUGAAUUGAAGUUGGUCAUACUCGAGGACACUCUUACUGAGCAGGGCUAUACGGAGGACGAGAUUCUGGAGAAGGUUGAGGAGGCGAGGAAGAGCUUAGAAGCAGCACCUUUUGCUGGUGCUGAAAAGGGAGAUGAGAGAAUUGACGACGCAAAAAAGAUUUCUGAUACCCAGACUCACCAGAUUGCUGCAAGAAAGGAAAAAAAAUUGGAGACUCUGAGGGCUGCAUUAGGUCUUGCUAAAAAUGAACCAUCUGAAAAGGAUUUGGAAGAACAAAAAGUACAAGAAAAGAUGUCUCACGAUGCCAUAGAUGAAGGGGAUAGUGAUAAGGAGAAACAAAGCAAUGAGAGGAUUGUGUCAAAAGAGAAGAUAAAACAUGAGAAGAGUGAUGAUUUGCCCGACAGGGUUAGAGAAAAAGUUAAGGGUGAAAACUACAGGAAACAUGAUUUCAGGAGUGGAAGAGAUGAGUUGUAUUCAAAAAAGCAUGACACAAAUGGUGAAGAUAACAGGAGGAAGAGAAGGAAUGAGAGUGAUUCUGAUAGUGAUUAUGAGAAUAAAGAUAACAGAGGAGAAAGGGAAUCCCGAAAAAUCAGCGGAAAGUAUGACUCAGAGCAAGAGUUUGAUGUCGGUCCCAGCAGGAAAGUUACUGAAAACAAAUCUGAGAAGCAGCGGAAACAUGCUAGGAGGCAUGAUAGUGAUGAUGAUCCUGACAGCUAUAGCAGUGAGAAGCCAGACAGAUCUAAAAGAAGCAAAAAAUAUGAUAGUGCCAAUGAAUCAGACACAGACAAUGAGCUCAAGUCCCAAAGGAAGUCUGUUGAGCAUAUCAAGCGGAGAGAUCGGCACGAUCUUGGGAAUAAAUCUGACAGCGUCAAAAAGUCUGCCAGCAAAGAAGUGGCUAAGCAUCGAAAGCAUCAUAGGAGGCAUGACACUGAUGAUGAGUCAGAGUCUGAUGGUGAUAUUAAACGCAACAGAAGAGCAAUUAAGAAAAGCAGGAGAUGUCCUAGGCAUGAUAGCGAGGAGUCUGAUGACUCAUUGAGCAGUAUGGGGAAAGGUGAUAAAAAUGUGCAAAAGAACGUCAAAGCAAGUGGUAGACAAACUAAGGAUGAGGAAAUUGAUUCCAAAUUGCAUAAGAAAGAUCACAAGACUCGGAUGGAGAAUGUUAGAGUUAAUAGAAAGCAUGGUUCUGAUGAUGAUUCUGAUAACUCAAGUGACAAGCUAAAACCCAAGAGGGGCAUGGAGAAAAGAAGCAGAAGACAUGACACUGAUGAUGAUUCUGAUAGCUUGGGUCGCAAGCAAAAAUCUGAUAGGACAGGGAAAGUAAACAGAACACAUGACUCUGAUGAUGAUUCCGAUAGCCCGGAUGAGAAGGCCAAGUCCAAACGCUCGACAGAGAAACUUGGCAAAGCUGAAAAGAAGCGCACCUUCCGAAAGGGUGAAAAUGAAACUGACACUGAUGACAGCUAUAGUAGCAGUGAGAGUGACAGCAGCAGCAGUACUGAAUCUACUGAUAGUGACCGUAGCAGUAGUGAUCAUGGCAUUCCUGACAAAAAGAUGUCUAAGACUGAUGGCAGAAAAGAUAAAUAUGGAUCUCUUAGUAAAAGCCAUGACAAGGACAUGUCUUCUUGCGCCCAUAAGAUUGUCUCUAGUGAGAUUCAUAAGGGAAAUGAUCGCUACAGAGGUGAUGGUGAACGGAGUGGUCCUAUGGAUGAAAAGGCCUUGGCGAGAAAAUUAGAGAAAGCCCACCACUCUGAGUCUAGAAGAGAUGAAAAGGACACAAGGGACCAGAAUCAUGAGGGAUUAAAGCGAAAGAGACAUGUGGAAGAUGAGGAACAUAAUGAGCACCCACACCUGAAAUCUAGACACACUAGUAGGAAUGGAGAGCGUGAUUCAGUUAGACAUGAUUCCUAUGAGAAACAAAGGGACCUUGGAGAGCCUAAGAGAGAUCGUGAGCAUAGGGAGAGCAGGGGCCACAUUGGGGAGUAUAGCAAAGGUCACAGUGGUAGGGAUGAUCGGUCAAAAGAAAGAGCUGAAACUUCAAACAGGUAUGGAGAAAAACAACAAGAGGCUUAUGAUAAUCAUGGCCAUGGAAGAGAUAGGCGUGAUAGAGACACAGAUCGGCAGUUGAAGAGGAAUGAGCGUGAUGGUUAUAACCGUGGAGGGAGUAGGCAUGACAGAAGUCACGAUGAUUCCUAUGAUAAGCGAAGACGCGGUUGGUGAAUGGUGCAACAGCCUAUGCAUUAUGUCUGAAAGGAUCUGUGAUCUGCAUUCUGCUGCUCAGUAUUAUCUGCAUUGGAACCCCACCCAUGGCCGAAAGGGACGCAAGGCUUUUUAUGUUGAACAAAGAAUUUGUUUCUGUAGCGAACAUAUUAUCAGCUCCUAUUGGGUGAAUUAUGCGUGUGAAGACCUGUAUUGAAGUAUUAAUGUAAUCUGAUACCUUUUACGUUGGGCAACUGAUCAAGGACGAGUUGUUUAUCCGGUUGUCACAAGCCUGCUGGCUGAGGCUUCAGAGCACAUGACCUCAUCCCCCCGACCAUUUUUUCUUGUUCUGCCAUGGGCUUCUUGCAGUAGAGCUUCUGUGAGAAUAGCAGGGACGACUUUCCCUUUGUUAUAUUGUGGAGUCAUUGUAGCCUUGGAUGGCUGUGUUCGGAGUGAGAUACAUGAAGGGUAAAUGUUUUGCGCAUGUCGAUGUUGAACUGAGAAUGCACAUUGUUCGUCUAGUUUAUCCCUUACCGUAUCGACUCUUGUUCACCA